ACAUCCUGUAGACAUGGCUCCAAGGAAGCGCACCACCACCACCACCACCAAGACCUGCAAGAAGAAUCCGAAAGCGGCCAAGCUGGCGGCCUUCCUGGGCGACUUCGACACUGAGGUGAAGGCCAUUGUAGAGGGGAUGAAGGAGAGGACCAACAGCCUUCUGAAGGAUGCGGACAACUUCUACAACAUGGCGCUGAUCAAACUGCCCAAGGCUGUACGGCAGAUGAACUGGCUUGAUUAUUGUGGUUCUGAGAAGGCGACAACUGAAGACGAUGCAAAGAAAGAGGAGGCGGCUGUGAAGGUGGACAGUGUCUUGGCUGAAGUUCACACUAUUCCCCCAAAGUCUGUCAAGAAAGUUCUUCGAAAGCGCGGCAAAGCUGCAGCAGGCACAGAGGACAUUGAGAAUGUGACCCUGGACCAGUCCAUGCUGAGGAAGGGGAGGUCAACGAGGAAGACGCCCUCCACAUCCAAAAAGGCCAAAGCCCAGUCAGUCAGCAAACAAAAUACUUCAAUCCAGAAGUCCAGCAGAAAACCCCUGCUGACUCCAGCUCGCAAUAUCCUGGAGUGCUCCAUGAUGGGGCCCACCCCACUCAUCACCCCACGCUUCAACUCCAGGCUUCCCAAGACCCCAGCUGUGAGGGUCCCUCGGCACAAGGAGAAAGUCUACAGCAUCUCGGUCAAUGGCUCCCCCCUUGCCGGGGAUAGCAGUGAUAUCAUCAUCAAUGUUCCAGUGGGGAAUGGCGAGUGUCUUCAGCUGCUGGCCAGUGAAAUGGACACAAUGGACUUGAGUCAGCUGGAUGGAUCAGCCCUCAGGAGUAUCAGAGUACUGCAGAGCCGCCUUGCAGCUCUGUGUGGUACGGAGAAGUGAUAGCGUGUCUUCAACGUCCACAUCUGUACAGAAAUUCAUUUUUAAUUUUAAGAA